AUGUCCGCCUCGGAGACUACCCCGGAAGACACGCCCGACCAGACCGCGGAGGAAAUGACCGCGAUGCUCGAAUCGCUGGACGUGGACACGCAGGGCUCGGAGAAUAAUUCCUCGGAAGAGAAGCCCGACCUGACGGCGGAGCAGCAGGCGUGGUUGAAUGCGAUGUUCGAGCCGCUGGAGGGAGGGACGCCCAGCAGCGACGCGCUGGGCGGCUUGGCCCAGAACCUGACCGCGGAGGGGCAACGCAUCCUGCUGGACCCGGCCAACACCCCGAUUCCGAGCGUCAUCGACCUGGCGAAAGCCCUGCGCACGCUGCGCACGGACCUGACGCCGCCGAGCGUGGCGGGGCUGCAGAUGCUGGCGGCGCGGUACGGCAUGUAUACGCACUUCACGCGGCGGCUGCGGGUGGAAGGGACGCGCACGGGGCCCAACACGCUGUUCAAGCGCAACUCGGACCUCACGAUCCUGAUGCCGAUGUACAUCCCCGAAGUGCGGCGCCUGUACAACGUGCUGCACAAGAGCUACCCGUUGAUCUCGGAAUUUGAGCUGGCGCUGGGGCCGGCGGGCGCCCCCUUCAACGACAUCCUCAACCCGGGCGACGUGCCCAAGUGCCUGUUCCGAGUGAUCAACUACCUGCGGCGGCAUAUCACGCACCUGUCCCUCAUCAUGGAGGCCGACGACUGGUACGUCGAGGGCCCCGGCGAGUUCCACACGCCGCACCUAUAUGACUGCGUUGUGGAGGACCUCGAGGAGCUGCGGGUGCAGUGGCCCUACUUCGUCGACGAGACCAUGCCCAGCCCGCCGCGCAAGUGGCCGCACCCGUGGCUCAAGUUCUACGAGCGCACCUUCAAGACCCCGCUCCAGACGCUCAUCCUCGAGGGCCGCGGGCUGGACAGGCCCGACACCCCCGUGGGGCCCACCCUCAACGCCAUUCCCGUGGCCGACAGCAACCUGCGCAACCUGACACUGACCAACCUCGUCCUGACGGACUGCGACAUGUGCAUCCUAAUUCCCAAGGUCGCGAAGCUCGAGUCCAUCACGCUAGAACAGGUCCGGUUUGAGGGGGACUGGCCGUACAUGCUGAGGAUGCUCGCGAACCUGUGUCUGUAUCUGAAGCGAUUCAAGUUCCAGGAGGUGGAGUGGGCGCCCGACCACCACAAUGGCAACGGCGAUGACAACGCGGCCGACGAGAGCAACGCCCUCCGCAUCAACUCGAGUGGUUCUUCAGCGGAGGCGAACUUUAAUAAAGCCCUGUACCGCCUGGCUACAUUCAAUGCGGCGCUGCGGUACUGCGCCGGUGUUCAGCUGUGA